UUUUUGAGAUUGAAAAAGAAAUUUGCAGUUUUCUAAUUGAUAUCAAAUUAGUUAUACAAAAAUAUUAAAAACCGUGGGAAAAUUUAAAAUGAAUUGGUACAACGGUAACAUUGCAGAAGCAGUUGCUAAAUCGAAGGCGAACAAUGCAAUUUUCGUUGUUUACGUUGAAGGGAAAGAUGAGUCAACUACAAAACUUACAAAUUUUAUAAAUAGUCAGAAAAUACGCGAGAAGUUGGAGUCUGACGAUUUUGUUGCUAUAAAAAUCGAAAGUGAUAGCCAAUCAUAUAUGCAGUUCGCAACUAUUUACCAAGUAGUGCCAGUACCAUCAAUCUUUUUUAUAGGAAAAUCCGGCACCCCACUUGAAAUUGGAACCGGCAUUAUUGCUUCAGUAGAGGAACUGGAAGAGAAAAUUAAUAAAGUGCUCACUUCUUCCGGUCGCUGUACAUCCGCUGUGCACGCUUCGUCUUCUUUUAUUGAGGCUGAACAAAAAGCUCAAAGUCCACCAGCUAGCAGCACUGUAACGAGCAAAAAUGAACCAGAAGAAGAGGUUCCAGUUCUUUCUCUCAGCGCAGAGCCUUCAACAAGUAGUUCGACAAUGGAGAUAGAUAAUAAAGUUCAACAUGCUGAUGAGCAGGAAAUAGUGUGCGAUGGCGGCGUGUGCUAUAAAAAGCCGAAAGAAACAAAAGCAGAAAAGGAAAUUGUUGUUAACAAGGAAGCCAAAUCGGCUAUAGAUCAAGUUGAGCAAAAUGAAAUGGAUGCUAAGGUCCGACUAGAAGAAACCAGAAGAAAUAUGGAGGAACAAAGACGGAAGCGGCUUGCCGAAGAGAAGCAAUUGGAAAAGGAACAUGAAUUGAGGCGUAAACAAGAGCGAAAAGAAUUCCAAAAUGCACAAGAAUGGCAGCGUCAACACGAACUAAAAGAACUAAAGGAUAAUAUUCGCCGUGAAAAACUCGAGGAAAUGGCAGCCCGCGAAAGGAUACGUGCACAAAUAGCUGGAGAUCGUGCUGAGCGUGCACAAAAAUUUGCAUCAAUCGGAGAAGGAGCCGCUAAUGCUAAUGCAGCAACCACAAGUGCAGAAGAUAAUUCUAAUAACGGUGGUGGCCCACUUGUUGCUCCCGACAGCACCCGAAUUCAAUUUCGUUUUGCAAGUGGUAAUACUGCGACGCAUGUCUUUAAUUGCCAAGACACACUUGGCAAGUUACGCGAAUAUGUGCGUAACGACUUACUGCCUGGAACGGGCAUAAAAGAUUUUACUUUAGCUACAACAUACCCCAAAAGAGAACUUAAUGUCGAGCAUGAUGCUCAAACGCUUGCUGAGUUGAAUCUGUUUCCAAGUGCAGUCAUUCUAAUAAUUGGCAAAGAGAGUAAGAGCAGCCCAGCAGCUAUUAUUGCGCGUUCCGGUGGACUUCUGAAUAUGUUUACCACUUUAGUUAUGACCAUACUCUCUCCAGUAUUUUCAAUUUUCGGCUAUAUAAAGAAUAUAACUACGGGUGACAGGCGAGGAAAUGAUAACGAAACAGAUAAAAAUGUUGGCGCCGCUAAGAGAGCAAAUGAAGAAAACGGAGCACAUCAUGAUGCUGCAAAGCGUCGUAACAUGGAGCGUUUUGGUGGAGGCGGUAUUACUGCAGGAUCCGUUUUGGGCAACAAUCCCUCUACUUCAACUGAGGCUGCUACUGAAAAAGGCGAAACAAAACCGUAUCGCCGUUAUGGCAGCUCGAAUAUUCAUCGCUUAACAGACCAUAAAGAUUCAGAUGACGAAAAUGCGACUUGGAAUGGCAAUUCUACACAACAACAAUAGAUACUUGCAUCCUUUUCUAGUUUAGUGUAGCUCAUAUAAAAUUCUUUUUUCUUUAAAAUACAUAAUCCUACAAAAGAUUGA